GUUGUUGGUGUCUGCCAGAUGGCCUCAAAUGGUGAAGAUGGUAUUGCUUGGUACCAAAAAAAGAUUGGAGCCUAUGACCAACAGAUAUGGGAAAAGUCUAUAGAACAGACUGAGAUGAAGGGCUUCAAAAACAGACCCAAAAAGAAAGGUCACUUAAAGCUGGACCUAAUAGAUGUUGACUUGAUCCGAGGGUCUACAUUUGCCAAAGCUAAACCUGAAAUUCCUUGGACAUCUCUUACAAGGAAAGGGAUUGUGCGGGUUGUGUUCUUCCCAUUUUUUAGCAAUUGGUGGAUACAAGUCACAUCCCGGCAUAUUUUUACAUGGCUUCUAGUACUAUAUUUGUUACAAGUUGUAGCAAUUGUGUUAUACUACAUGAUGCCUGUUGUGAAUGCAAGUGAAAUUAUUGGACCUUUGUGCCUAAUGCUACUGAUGGGAACCGUACACUGUCAAAUAGUAUCUACUCAGCUACCUAAACCCUCAGGGACCAAUGGAAGCAGUGCAAGCAAGAGGAGGAGAAAAAUGCGCAAAUUUGCAGGAGGUGAUGGAAGCAGAGAUAUCAGUGCCUACACUCCUAUUGACAAUAUCAGCAGAGAAGAAGAGCCUGUAGGGUUGGGAUCCAGGAUUAGUGACCUCUUUGACACAGUCUUGCACAGGAGGAACAAGGAGGGAAUAAAAAGAGGACAGCGGGUAGCAGAUAAAUGGACUGAAACAGAACACAGCAGUGGUAUGAGACGGAGGAUUUCGAAAUCUGAGUCCAGUCUGCAGCGGUCCAAGGAUCAUGGGAGAGAGAUAGGUGUAGAAAAUAACCAGAAUAUUGACAGACGCUCUGGUGUUUCUGAUGAACUUUCAAGUGAAGAGGAUGCUGAUGCUCUGGGUCAGAGAAUUUUGUUGCGCAGAAGUGUCGAAGGUGCUUCUACUGUCAGUGUGAAUGAGAAUCAAAGAAGGACAUCUGUUGCUUCUGCAAACCAGUCAGUAUCUCAGGUCAAGGAAGCCAUGAAAUCUAUGCAAGACUCUGACAGUGUAUCGGACUCAGAAUUAGACACAACAGUUCUUCAAGAGACCAAACCUCAGUUUAGUAGUGGAGGAUCUCGGAGUGGCAGCGUAUCCUGUAGAGACUCAGAAAGCACCCGUCAUGGUUCUGAAACAGAGGAUGUGCUGUGGGAUGACUUGCUUCAUGGGCCCGAGUGCCGCUCUUCCUUUACCAGUGACAGUGAAGAAGCCAAGGGGAAAGAAGGCAGGGGAAGCAAGCGUGAUCCGAAAGAGGAUGUUUUCCAGCAGAACCACUUGUUCUGGCUGCAGAACACAAGUCCUGCUUCUUCCAAAGUGAGUGCUCUCAUCUGGGAGGGGAAUGAAUGCAAGAAACUGGACUUGUCCGUGCUGGAGAUUAGCGGAAUCAUCAUGAGCAGGGUCAAUGCCUGUCAGCAAGGAUCGGGUUAUCAGUGGCUGGGAAAUAUUGUUACAGUUGGUUUGGCAUUCCUUCCGUUCCUCUAUCGACUUGUCCACUCAAAGACCCUGGAACAGUUGUGGUCACUUUCUUUAAAUGAACUUCUAUUUAUUUUUUGUGGGGCCCCCACAAUCCCUCUUGUUGUCCUCCUUGCAACAAUUAUCUUCCUUGAGCGGCUGUGCCUCACCUGGAUGUUUUUCUUCAUGAUGUGUGUUGCCGAGAGAACAUAUAAACAGCGAUUUUUGUUUGCCAAACUUUUUAGCCACAUUACCUCUGCUCGGAAAGCCAGGAAGUAUGAAAUCCCUCAUUUCAGACUGAAGAAGCUGGAAAACAUUAAGAUGUGGUUAUCACUUCGCUCCUACAUAAAGAGGCGAGGCCCGCAACGAUCUGUUGAUGUAAUUGUAUCCUCCAUCUUCUUACUGGCUCUUUCAAUUGCUUUCAUAUGCUGUGCACAGGUUUUAAAGGGUCACAAGACAUUCUUGAAUGCCGCUUACAACUGGGAAUUCCUAAUCUGGGAAACAGCACUGCUCCUCUUCUUGCUGCGCUUUGCAUCUCUUGGGUCUGAAACUAACAAGAAAUACAGUAAUGUUUCAAUCCUGCUCACUGAGCAGGUAAAUUUAUAUUUAAAGAUGGAGAAGAAGCCAAAUAAGAAAGAACAACUCAUUCUUGUGAACAAUGUCCUAAAGCUCUCUACCAAGCUCCUGAAGGAGUUAGAUACGCCAUUUAGACUGUACGGGUUGACAAUGAAUCCCUUAAUCUACAACAUUACACGUGUGGUGAUCCUGUCCGCAGUCUCUGGUGUCAUAAGUGAUCUGCUAGGAUUCAAUAUCAGAUUGUGGAAAAUCAAACCAUGACUGGAAGAACAGAGGC